AUGGCUGUAGAGACUGCAGACGCCGCCACCCCACGAUUGGCUCUUGAGGAUACUGACAUCAACUGGGACAGGUUGGAUAAGACGAGGUUUCACGUCAUUGGAGCUAUUCUCUUCACUGUCCAGUCAGCAUUAAUACACCCUACAGCAGUUGUGAAAACAAGAAUGCAAGUAGCCGGAUCGGGAAUCUCCCAAAUGAGUGGGUUAUCUGUUUUCAGAUACAUUAUCCGAAACGAUGGUUUUCCCGGUAUUUUUAGAGGCUUUGGCACAUCGGCUAUUGGAUCAUUGCCCGGUCGAGUUCUGGCUUUGACUUCACUUGAGGUGUCAAAGGAUUUGACGCUCAAAUACACACAAGGUCUGAAUAUGCCUGAAGCAACACGAAUUGGCUUUGCUAAUGGAGUUGCCGGGAUGGUUUCCAAUUUAGUUUCCUGUGUAUACUUUGUUCCUUUGGACGUGGUAUGCCAGAGGCUAAUGGUUCAGGGACUUCCUGGGACGACAUCUUGCAGUGGUCCAUUAGAUGUUGCACGAAAUGUGAUAAAGGCCGAAGGAAUUCGUGGCAUGUUUAGAGGUUUUGGACUGACAGCUGUGAGCCAAUCUCCCGCAUCCGCACUUUGGUGGGGUGCUUAUGGUGCUGCUCAACACAUCAUGUGGAGGAGUUCGGGGUACAGAGAUGAUUUGGAAAAGAAACCUUCACACGUGGAAUUGAUUGGCGUUCAAGCCACAGCAGGAAUGGUGGCCGGUGCCUGUUCUUCAGUGAUCACUACCCCAAUCGAUACUGUCAAGACUCGACUUCAGGUUAUUGAUGAUUAUGGUGUAGGAAGACCUUCCGUGAUGAAGACGACAAGAGCUCUUCUUAAGGAGGAAGGGUGGAGAGGGUUCUACCGUGGGUUUGGCCCUCGAUUUCUAAACAUGUCUUUUUACGGAACUACGAUGAUCGUGACCUAUGAACUAAUAAAGAGGUUGUCUUUAAAGCAAGGGUGA